AUGGAGAUUGAUAAGAGCAAUCCAUUUGCAGAUGAUCUUAAUCCAUUUAAUAACUCAAAUGGGUUAGAUACCAGCACCAAUACUAAUAACACAACUAAUAGUAGCAAUGCUAAUACAAAGAAUAAUAACAACAAAAGCUUGACUUUUGAUAAUUAUUUAACAAAGCACGAAUUAUCUGAUAAUGACUCAAUUAUGCCCACCCCAAACAUAGGGACAACUUUAAAUGAAUCUGGGACAUUUGAUGAUAUUGAAUUAGAAAAUGAUAAUAAUGAAGUACAUGAAAUGAAAAGAUUAAGAAUGGGUACUCAAAGAAAUAAAUUUGGUAGAAAUAAAGUGGGAAGAGUUAAAACACUCAAAUGGGCGAAGAAGAAUUUUCAUAAUCCCUUUGAAGAUCUAUUGAAAGAAGAAGAUGCAUUUGAUGAUGCUGGGUUAACUAAUAGAGCUGAUGAAUUAAGAACUGUGUAUCAUAACAUGCCGCUUCCUAGCGACAUGUUAGACGAAACAGGUAAACCAGUCGCUAUUUAUGCUCGUAAUAAGAUUAGAACAACAAAAUAUACUCCUUUAACCUUUUUACCUAAGAAUAUUAUGUAUCAAUUUCAAAAUUUCGCUAAUGUUUAUUUCUUAAUGUUAAUUAUCCUAGGUGCCUUCCAAAUCUUCGGUGUCACUAAUCCAGGCUUGAGUGCUGUUCCAUUAAUUGUCAUCGUUAUUAUUACUGCUAUUAAAGACGCCAUUGAAGAUUCAAGAAGAACAGUUUUAGAUUUGCAAGUUAACAACACAAAGACGCAUGUUUUGACAGGUGUACUUAAUGAAAAUGUCUCCACUGAUAAUAUUUCUCUUUGGAGAAGAUUCAAAAAGGCCAAUACUAGAUUAUUGUUUAAAUUUAUUGAAAUUUGCAAAGAAACUUUUACAGAAGAAGGUAAAAGGAAACGUGCUAUGCGUAAAAGAAAUCACUUACGUGCUCAAAGAGUUGCUGCUACAGGCGGUGGUGUUGAUAUGCCUCGUGGAUCUUUUGAUUCUAUGGGUAGUUACCGUUUUUCAGCAGAUUUUGGACGUCCCUCCCUUGAUUAUGAAAAUAUGAACGAAACAGACACUUAUGAUGAAGGUCAUAUCAUUGAUACAUCAUUACCUGUCAGCAAUGAUACUAAAUUUACUAAAGAUUUUUGGAAAAAUGUUAAAGUCGGUGAUAUUGUAAGGAUCCAUAAUAAUGAUGAGAUUCCUGCUGAUAUUAUCCUAUUAUCUACAUCCGAUUCAGAUGGUGCCUGCUACAUUGAAACAAAGAAUUUAGAUGGUGAAACCAAUUUGAAAGUUCGUCAGUCAUUAAAAGUGACACUUGACAUUAAAAGUUCUAGAGAUAUUGCAAGAACCAAAUUCUGGGUUGAAAGUGAAGGCCCUCAUGCUAAUUUAUAUUCAUAUCAAGGUAAUUUAAAAUAUGUUGAUACAAAAGAUGGGGACUUAAAAAAUGAACCUAUAACUAUAAACAAUUUACUAUUACGUGGUUGUACUUUAAGAAACACAAAAUGGGCAAUGGGUAUGGUUAUCUUUACGGGUGAUGAAACUAAGAUCAUGUUAAAUUCUGGUGUUACACCAACUAAAACAUCAAAAAUUUCUAGACAACUUAAUCUCUCAGUCUCCAUUAAUUUCUUAAUCUUAUUUAUUCUAUGUUUUAUCUCUGCUGUGAUCAAUGGUGUCUACUAUCAAAAGAGUCCUGUAUCAAGAGAUUUCUUUGAAUUUGGUUCAAUUGGUGGCUCUCCUGCUACAAAUGGGUUUAUUUCGUUUUGGGUAUCAGUUAUUCUAUAUCAAUCAUUAGUCCCAAUUUCUUUAUAUAUCUCUGUGGAAAUUAUAAAGACAGCACAAGCAGCCUUUAUCUAUGGCGAUGUUUUAUUGUAUAAUGCUAGACUAGAUUAUCCAUGUACACCAAAAACUUGGAACAUAUCGGAUGAUCUAGGCCAAAUAGAAUACAUUUUCUCAGAUAAGACAGGUACUUUAACUCAAAAUGUGAUGGAAUUUAAAAAAUGUACAAUUAAUGGUGUUUCAUAUGGUAGGGCGUAUACUGAAGCCUUAGCUGGUUUAAGAAAAAGACAAGGUGUGGAUGUAGAAAGUGAAGGCCGUCAUGAAAAAGAGGGUAUAAAAAGAGACAGAGAAACUAUGAUUAAAAAGUUACUAGAUUUAUCUGAAAACUCUCAAUUUUACCCAGAAGAUAUUACUUUUGUUUCAAAAGAAUUUGUGGAGGAUUUAGCAGGUGCUCAUGGCGAAGAACAACGUAAUUGCUGCCAACAUUUUAUGCUGGCUUUAGCCUUAUGCCAUUCAGUGUUAACUGAAAAAAAUAAACUUGAUCCUAAUAAAUUAGACCUUAAAGCACAAUCUCCAGAUGAAGCUGCCUUGGUUACUACUGCAAGAGAUAUGGGGUUUAGUUUUCUUGGAAAGACCAAAACAGGUAUGAUUGUAGAAAUUCAAGGUGUUCAAAAGGAAUUCCAAAUUUUGAAUAUUUUAGAAUUCAACUCAUCAAGAAAAAGAAUGAGUUGUAUUGUAAAAAUUCCUGGAUUAAACCCUGAAGAUGAACCAAAAGCUUUAUUAAUAUGUAAAGGUGCCGAUUCUAUUAUUUAUUCAAGAUUAUCUACUAAAGCUGGUGCCAAUGAUGAAAUAUUAUUAGAAAAAACAGCUCUACAUUUAGAACAGUAUGCUACGGAAGGUUUGAGAACACUAUGUAUUGCACAAAAGGAAAUGUCUUGGUCUGAUUAUCAAUGUUGGAAUAAAAAAUACAAUGUUGCAGCAGCUGCUUUAACUAAUCGUGAAGAACAACUUGACGCUGUUGCUGAUGAAAUUGAACGUGAUCUAAUCUUAUUGGGUGGGACAGCCAUUGAAGAUCGUUUACAAGAUGGUGUUCCUGAUUCCAUUGCAUUGUUAGCUAAAGCAGGUAUUAAAUUAUGGGUUUUAACUGGUGAUAAAGUUGAAACAGCCAUUAAUAUUGGGUUUUCAUGUAAUUUGUUAAACAAUGAUAUGGAACUAUUAGUCAUUAAGACAUCUGGAGAUGAUGUAAAGGAAUUCGGAGAAGACCCUGCUAUAGUUGUUGAAAGUCUAAUCUGUAAAUAUUUAAGAGAACACUUUGGUUUAAGUGGUAAUGAUAAAGAAUUAGAUGAUGCAAAGAAGGAUCAUGAGCAUCCCAGGGGAAAUUUCGCUGUUAUCAUCGAUGGUGAAGCUUUGAAAUUAGCCUUGCAAAAUGAUGAAAUAAGAAAAAAAUUUUUAUUAUUGUGUAAAAACUGUCGUGCUGUAUUAUGUUGUAGAGUAUCACCUUCUCAAAAAGCAGCUGUGGUUAAAUUAGUUAAGAACACGUUAGAUGUAAUGACUUUAGCAAUAGGGGAUGGUUCCAAUGAUGUUGCCAUGAUCCAAUCUGCUGAUGUUGGCGUUGGUAUUGCUGGUGAGGAGGGUCGUCAAGCUGUCAUGUGUUCUGAUUACGCCAUUGGUCAGUUCAGAUAUUUGGCUAGGCUAUUACUAGUCCACGGUAGAUGGUCAUAUAAGAGGUUGGCGGAAAUGAUUCCGGCAUUCUUCUACAAAAACGUUAUUUUCACUCUAGCAUUAUUUUGGUAUGGUAUUUACAACAAUUUUGAUGGGUCAUAUUUAUUUGAAUACACAUUUUUAAUGUUUUAUAAUCUGGCCUUCACAUCAUUACCUGUCAUAUUCCUUGGUAUUUUAGAUCAAGACGUCAGUGACACUGUUUCCUUAGUUGUACCUGAAUUGUAUCGGGCUGGUAUUUUAGGUUUAGAAUGGAAACAAACGAAAUUUUUAUGGUACAUGUUUGAUGGGCUUUAUCAAUCCUGCAUUUCAUUUUUUUUCCCCAGCGAGUUGUAUCGUAGAUCAUUGAUCGUUACAAGAAAUGGAUUAGGCUUAGAUCAUCGUUAUGAAGUUGGUGUCAUGGUUGCUAGUAUAGCGGUGAUAUCGUGUAACCUAUACAUUCUAUUACAUCAAUACAGAUGGGACUGGUUUAGUGUCUUAUGGAUUACGUUAUCUUGUUUGUUUUUAUUCUUUUGGACAGGUGUAUGGUCUAGUUCAUUAUUAUCGAAAGAUUUAUUUAAGGCUGGAUCACGAAUAUAUCAAUCGCCUUCGUUUUGGGGAGUUUUAUUCGUUGGUAUCUUCUAUUGCUUGGUUCCAAGAUUUACCUAUGAUUGUUUAAGAAAGUUUUUUUAUCCAACCGAUGUGGAGAUUGUUAGAGAAAUGUGGGCAAGAGGGGAUUUCGAUCAUUAUCCUCCAGGUUACGACCCAACCGAUCCAGACAGGCCAAGAAUACUUAAACCCGGCAAAUUCGGUGAGUACCCGGUCGGUGGUAUUAUGCUAUCGGAUAAUUAUGGAGAAGGUAACUUAUCACAAGACAGUGUUGUCACUGAAGAGAUUCCGAUGAAUAUUAUGAAUAAUCCAUUGGGGUCGCCAGAGAUACGUAGGGUUAGUGAGAAUAAGGAUUGGAUGGCGUCGCCAAAGGAAACACAAGACUUAUUAUUCUCACCAGUAAUAGACAGUGAUGACAAGCGUAAUAACAACAAUGAUAGGUUUGAGACUUUGAAUCCACAAAAUGGUUCCAAUUUAAGAUACAGUAAUCCAAUGAAUAAGAGAGAUACUAGAACUUCCUUAGACUUGACAAGAGAGCACAUGUUGGCUAACCAUGAAUUAGACAAUAGAUAUUCCGUGGAUAGAGCACGUAUCUCGUUGGACUUACCUGGAAUCACUAAUGCUGAAAGCUUAUUAGAAGGCAGAAAAAGUUUUGCCAUAGAGCGUUAA